AUGGACUCGCCCGCACCACGCAACCACCACGCGCCCACCACGCAGCCACCACGCGCCGCCACCGCUGCCACGCCGCCCACAGCAUUUCGUGAAGAGCGCAGAAAAAGUAAAGAAUUUGUUCAGAAAACGGCGUCCUUGAUAAGUGGGACAAAAGAUAGCGAGUGGACAAUCUAUUCGGAGACGGGUGGAAUCGCUCCGAUUGCUGUAUCUGCAGACCUUGGGCUGUGGUGCAUACCAUGUGCGCUGGCGAUCACACACCUAUGCCCACUGGGACCAGGCACCAUCGCAAGCUCAGGAAUGAAACAGAUGUACUUGAAUUUAUUUGUUGAUCAGAGUGAAGAUCACGGCCCGCUCGCGUUAUAUGUUCCAGGUCGCUCGCUCGCUGCGCUGUACCUGCGCGCCGCACCGGCUCUGGCUCCGCCUGGCCCUGGCGAGCGCGCCGCUCAGCCACUGCUUUAA